UCCCAAAUUAAAAACUUAUACACUGUUUAGUCCCAAAUGUUUUCUUGUAAACUGAAUAGUCCCAUUGUAAGGGAAUUGACCAUUGAGGGCAUAUAUAUUGUGCUCGUGAGUGGUAAGACUAAUGGGCAAGGUUGGUAAUUUAGUAAUGUGAAAUUACGGAAAAAGGGCAGCAGUUUCUAAUGUUGUUGCAUUAGUAGUUCUUUAUUCGGCGGUGUUGAGGUUUGGUUUGCAGGAAAGAUUUGGGGUUUUGAGAAAGAAAUCUACAUCCGAAAUCGGAAAGGCGAAUCUGUUUGGGGCGAGGUAACACUACAUUACGGAGACCCUAAUAUUAAUUAAAUUGUCAACGUUGUGGUGGUGACGUUCAGCGGGAAGACAUUGGGGUUGAAGCGAAAAGGCGUCCUACCCUUCGAUAUCAGAUUGCGUUUGCGAUAAGGUUUACUGCAGAUUGGAAGGCGGUGUUACAUGAGGACACGUCUGAGAAUGACAGCAAGGAGUGGAGGGGUGAUUUUGAGGUAGUCGCUGCGGGAAAAAAGUGUUGGUGUGGCACGUGACGUUGGCGAUUCUGAUUUCGCAUCAAAACCGAUUGUUGUGAAAAGACAGGGGAAGAUACCAUUCAAGGGAAAAAAAUAGAAUGUCCAUGUAAUGAAGAAAAUGGUAGUUGACACCGCGCGUCUGGCGUAUCGUUCUAAUAUAAACGAGAUUAUCAAAACCAUGUUAGAAAUGAAUUUGAGAGAAGCCCAUGAACGACAACUGUGAAGAACACCAUUUUGGGCAAUGAUUAAUUCCAUCCGCAAACACAACUUGUCGCCGAAUGCAUAUAAGAAAUGCGAUAAGACAAUGUUCCGAAUACUACAGACAUACAAUCCUGAGGAUGAAAAAUUCUACAUUGGGGGGAAAGGAGUUCCAUUGCGUCGAAGCGAUAUCCGGCUUGUUUUUGGCAUUCAGUGCGGCGUGGACCAACUUGAUUUAGCUCAUAGGUCGAGGCCACCGUCUGAUUUUAUUCAGCGUCGCUGCGACAUUGUAGGGAGGAUAUUGUGCAAAAAAAUUAAAGAACUAUUAGAUUAUGCAUUACAGGGAAAUAGUCGUAAUGACGAGGAAGACGUCGCGAAGCUGCUGUCGUUAUAUAUAUGUGCGAAGCUAUUUUUUACAACGACCGGAGAGUCUAUCGGAUGGGCGUUUGUCCGAGUUAUAGACAAACUAAGUACGAUACAAUUGUAUGAUUGGGCUGCUGCAAUACGUGCCGCGUUAAUUGCGUCACUGAACGAGUUUCAUAAUCGGCCGAAAAGGUUUUUUAUUUGUGAGUACACCAACAUCAUCGAGCCGGAACGACACAGUGUGCUGCCACGAUUCUGCAGAUGGAACAUUACAAGUUUGACAACCAAAACGGAAGGGGUUGACUUGAUGCGCAGAAGACAAUUUGAGGUAAGGUACGGUAAACUGGAGGUGACAAUUCUUGAACGGUACAAAGUAGGUACGACAUUGGUCAGUGGUGAAUGUAUGAGGACAGAAGGGAAAGUGCUUGACGUACAGCCAUUGUCGAUGAAUAUUGGUGUGCCACGUAAAGAUGUUCGUGAUGAUGUUGUAAAGGCAAGUUUUAACUAUUGGCAAGUGAACUCAUCUGCAGGGGUCCAUGUUCAGAAAGGCGGAAUGACUGACAAGGCAGACACAGACGAUGGAGGCAGUAAGUUUGUUACAAAGCGUGGAUUAGGCGCGGUUGUAAGAGAUGAAUGGUGGCCAGUAUUGUUCCCAAAUCUGCUGGAUUUGUCAACCAUGCAACCAGCUAAGGAUGCAAAUCCGGAAGCAGUCAGUGGUAGCAAUAAAAUAAGUGAAGCGCGUGACAGAGUAGCAGAGUUGGAGGAAGAAUUGAGGUAGAAAGUUGAACGUGUGCGUGAACUUGAAUGUAAGGUUACGAGCAUGGAGCGCGCACUUGGUUCACAAGUUACAAAUUUAUGUAUGGGGUUCGAUACUGUCAUAAGUUUGAAGGAUGCUGAAAUUGCACGUUUGAAUGCCCUCCUGUCGGAGAUGAAAACAACAAUAACACGGUUGGAGGACCAGGUUGACGAGUACAAGGCGCAUGAGGUAACGCAACUGGCUAGGAACACAACUAAAAUUCAGGGCACAUCAUCAGACCGACGGGGUGGGUGUGAGUUCACUGCGCAGUGUUAUAAUGAAAACAGGACGGAUAGUCCGGUGAGUAACGCCUCCAAUGUCGUGGGUAACAGUUGUGAAUUGGACGAAGCAUGUAAUGUCGAUGUCGAUGUAGGUAAUACCAUUGUUGGUGGGGACGAUGUGAUGGUGGGGGAAAUGAUGGUGUUGUAAAUCAGGGGUCAACGUUACGUGCUGGGGUAUGGAGUCCAACGAAGGAAAAAGUUAAAUGCAAUUCUGAUGGCACAAGUAACGCAGCCGAAGCAGCAAACAAUUCGAACAUUAACCAUGUUCUUGACAGGCCAGGAAGCGGUGUGGUGGACAGGGUAAUAAACUUUGUGAAUAUUGAGGAACCAAACAUCACAUCGUUGGUGCGGGGUGUGAAAAGCAAAGCUAGGCAGGAGUAGAGGUUACAAGAUUACGAGUAUCUUGGGUUGGUGAAGCAUUGCAAGCAAUCAAAGAAUGAGGGCAAUAUAGGCAACAACACAAUUGAGGAUGUAAUUAACAUUAAAGACGACGAAGGAGGGCGUAAAACAUGGGCUGGAUUUGGAAUGAAAAAUUGGUAUCUAGUUUGGAAAUUGUUGGCUGAAGAUGAACAGAAAUUGUUGCAGGUGGUGUGCACAUUUGAAGGGGAUGGAGCUAUGAUAUGGAGUGUAGCUGAUUAUGGUGUGCACGUUAAUUUCAAAGACAUCCAGUCGCUUGUGCAUGGGGGGCGACUGCCGGGAAUGAUAUGAUGAGGAACCCAAGCAUGACGUCUAAGGACCGUUACCUGAACGUGCACGUGAAUGCUGCAUCUGGGUGCAGAUACGUCCAUUACCCUAUAUACCAUGCGAAUCAUUGGACGACCAUGGUGUACGAUUCAGACUCGGGGACAUGGACACACUACAAUUCAAUCAAAACGCGUAGAGGCAGCCGAGAUGAUCAUUUUACUGAAAGUGAAAUAGUGGGUCGUCGAUUACACAAAACGGGUACGAGAAAAAGUGCAAUCGGUUGUCGAUGUGACAUUAGAGAAUAUCGACCGACCGUUGGAGGCUUUGGGUGAUUGUCCUCAACAACACCCGGAAUCACCGGACUGUGCGAUUAUGGUAUGCUUUAUCAUGCAGCAGUACGCAAACAACGUGGAGGUUGAAGGUUCAAUGGAUGUGAUGACAGCCAGUGCGUUUAGAGCAGAAAUGGUUAAGGCAUUCAUCAAUGAUCCACAGAGAGGGCUCCGAAAUCGGCCUCUGCCCUGACUGAUUUGGUGGAAAUGCAUAAAUUAGUUGAAGUUUUUGUUUUUGUUUUUUUGUUGACCAUGGAACUGUUUUGAUUAUGUGGUACUGAUUUUUGAAUGGUCCAGUAGCUAUGUGACUGUUAUUGGAGAAAAACAAAAAAUACCGUACAACAACAUUGGAAAAACAGUGGCCAAACCUUAAUGGUUUUUUUUGGGUAGGGUUGAUAAUGAUUAUUAAUUUUGGUAUGUGU